AAAAACAGAUCAUUCAGGAAACCUUUGUUUGAGGUUGAUGCUCAUGCUGCAAAAUGUGCACAUCUGCUUUGUGUCUCGUGUGUCUUAGCUUGCUGUUUGGGACCUCUCUAAGCUGCUACGAUUGCUUCAUUGACCAUCUAGAUAGUCUUCGCCUGUGUUGGGGACAUUUUGCGACUUUAGAAAAUACUUUAAAUUUGGACCGCUGCUUCCAAAGGAUAGACCGCUUAUUCAACAACAAUGACAAAGUCUUUGAAGCUGCAAGAGUGGCUGAAGGCUAUGAAAACCAACUGGGAGAACUUCUGCGUGCAGAGAUCAUGCCCAUAGUGGAAGAGUUCGACAAAAGGCAAAUUGACGACACAGUGCAUGAAGAAAGGUUGACGAAAGCAGCAGAGAAUUUCAUCGAAGCUGCCUCCAAACUGCCUAGAGUCGCUGGAUGCUUCCCUCCAUGUGCUUUCCAGGAUAUAGGUGGUGUAUACAACUGUUUUACCUGCACGUACGACUCCUGUCGAUUCCCUCUCGACUGUCCACUUCAAGAAAUUACAGCAUUGGAGAACACCAGGAUCGAAAUGUUGUGCGAAGUGCCGUUUCCACUACCAGCCCGAAUCGAGGUGAUCUGGAGGUUCGCAGCGUCGAUGAAAACCAGGCUGGUGGAUCAGUUUAAAGAAGUGACUGCGGGGGUGGACCCGGUCUAUUCCAUCUCUUUAGCUACCAUGAACCAUCACGGCACCUACCAGUGUGAGAUGUUCUCAGGCAAAAACUCCAUUGUCAGAAAAUACUUCUAUGUCACAGUGACCCACCAGGUUUUGGUGGGCCACUCAGAGCUGCAGGAGAUAUUCUACCUGUCUCUGCUCCCAAGAGGGCGGUUACUCCCUGAUGGUGGCUUCAUCCUCCAACCCCCCCCCUCGCCACUGCUUCUCACCGCCUGUUUAACUGCUGUGCUUCUGCUGCUGACUCUCUCCCUGGGAGCUCUGUAUUGGUCAUCGAAAUCAGAGAAAAGAAGUCGGUUCGAGCCAGCAGAUCUACUGGAAGAUUUAGAAUACAGACAGUUGGGAAGAUACAUGUAGUGCAAUAAAGGCUUUUCAUCAAUCCUC